CUGUCGGUGAGGCAGAACAGUGUCAUGGCGCGUCAACGAUGACAGAGAGUGUGUUCCUCACCGACGAAUCCAGCACGAAAGCCAGUAUGUGGGGUGGAUUUCGCUGUAACAGGGCUUUCCUGAUACUGCUGCUCGUUAAUGUGAUCGUAUUCCAAAGUAUCAUAUAUUACCAGGAAUACAACAAAUGGCAGGAAUUACGGUCCAAGCUAGAACCAGUGAUAAUGGACCUGCGCGACGUGCAGGGACUGACGUACAGCGUGGUGAAGAGGCUGGAGUCACUCGGCCUCUUCGUCGAGAAUCUCCAUGGGAGCGCCAGCAAUCGGACGGUGAUUUACGCGAUCACACCCACGUUCUCCCGGCCUGUGCAGAAAGCUGAGCUUACCCGGUUAGCGCAGACAUUCCUCCAUGUGCGCAACUUCCACUGGAUCGUCGUGGAGGACGCGCCGUCCAAGACUAGCCUGGUCACAAACCUUCUGGAGACCAGUGGCCUAAUCUAUACGCAUCUGUCCGUGGCGACUCCACCGAACUACAAGCUCGGCAAGAACGAUCCGAAUUGGAGGAAGCCGCGCGGAGUGGAGCAACGAAACGCAGCGCUGAGAUGGCUCAGAGAUAAUCUCAAGCCGUCCAACAAGGGUAUCGUGUUCUUUGCCGACGAUGACAAUACUUACGCCAUCAAGCUGUUCCGCGAGAUGGAAAAAAUACAAAAAGUCGGUGUGUGGCCGGUUGGUCUAGUCGGCGGUUUAAUGGUGGAACGGCCUAUCUGCAUUUGCGAUAAUGCCACUAAUAAGGUAAUUGGAUUUAAUGCGGCGUGGAAGCCGGACCGUCCGUUCCCGGUCGACAUGGCCGGCUUUGCCAUUAAUCUCAAGCUCUUGCUCAAACAUAAAGAAGCAUGGUUCUCAUACGACGUACAAGGCGGUCAUCAGGAGAGCGAGAUACUCCGGCAAAUAAUAACGAGGGAUCAGCUGGAGCCGCUUGCGGAUUGUUGCAUGAAGGUGUACGUGUGGCAUACGCGAACGGAACCUCCGCAAUUGAACGUUGAGCAGAUGUUAAUCAGAAAAGGAAAGCGUUCCAAUGCCGGGAUCGAGGUAUAAGAAAAGGAUGCUCAUCGCCGUUUCGUGAGUUUUCGUGCAAUUCUUGCUAAUUCUAUAGAAUUCAGUGAUAUUUAGAUAAAUUACGUUAAGUUCGUUAAGUAAGAGCGUUGAUCGUUGUAAGAGCGCGCGAAUAAUAGGAUAAGUACGCGUAAAUUUUUAUUUCUCUGAGUCCUACAAUAGAACAAUACAGUGUCAUGCUGUAUAGCCGCUUGUAGUCACAGACUUAGUAAUGAUGAUAGAGGCGAGAUAUUAACCGAAUGUCUCUCUCUAGCGACUUGUGCAAAUGAUGCUUCGAAGAGCUUGAAGAAUACAUGUGAUAUCUCUUAGCAGUGGACUUGGCUAAUUUACACGCCGAUGAUAUUAAUAUUUGUAAGGAAGGAGUCUACGUUUUUCUGCCAGUUGAAAAAGCAAAUGUGUAUAUCUUAUAUUGCGUCGUUUUCUCUUUUUGUAAAAGUGUAUUGUAAUAAAAUCUUCGAUGAAAACGUAAGCGGA